AUGUCCCACAGCGGCGCUGGCUUUUCAGGCGACGUUGACCCGGACCUUCCCCUCAGUCCGGAGGGUAUCACCUUCCACGUUGCCUGCACCAGCAAGCACCUGGCAGACCGCAUCAUCUUUGUCGGUGACCCAGGCCGCGUGAAGACGGUGGGCGCCUAUCUGGACACUGGCAGCAUAACCUACGAGGCCUCGCACCGUGAAAUCAACAUCAUCACCGGCAGCUACCACGGAGUUCCAGUGACGGUGCUGAGCACGGGCAUGGGCACAGACAACAUCGAGAUUAUGAUGAACGAGGUGCACAUCUUGAAGGAGUACGACCCAAAGAAGCGGCGGUGGCGCGCUCGCGCUGGGGAUGCGCUGGCGGACCCGCUUGAGACGUCGUUUGAUCCGUCGAAGGUGAAGCUGAUCCGUGUGGGCACCUGCGGCACACCUAAUGAAGAGGUGCAGGUGGGCUGCCUUGCCAUUACGCAGUAUGCUAUCGGCAUGGACAACACCUGCCAGUACUACGACGCCCCUGCGGUGAACAGCACGGCGGAUGUGCAGGAGGUACUGGCGAAGGUGCAGACGACCUCCCUCGGGAAGGUGCAGGUGUACGCGACCAAGGCUGCACCAGCCAUCACGCAGGGCCUUGUGGACGCCUGCACUGCGCUCAACAGCAAGGCGAAUGCGUCGGAGCAGCAGCGCUACUAUGUAGGCGCCACGUGCAGCGCCAGUGGCUUCUACGGGUGCCAAGGCCGCAGUGUCGGCCGCUUUCGCGGUCACCUCACUGCCCCAAACCUCACCGAGGAACUCGGUGACCUGUGCUUCAACGUCAGCGAAGGCGAGCAACGUGUCGUGAACAUUGAGAUGGAGAGCAGCGCUCUCUGCUACCUCAGCAAUUUACUCGGCUACCAGGCAGGCGCGGUGUGCGUCGUGGUGGCGCAGCGCUCUCGCAGCGGCCGCGCCUUUACCACGCCAGAGCAACUCGCCAAGGCGCUCUCAAACGCCAUCACAGUCGCUCUGGAGGCCCUUACCAAGGAUUAA